AUGAAAUGCGUGUGAAAAUUGGAAGGAGGUAAGGUAAAAGGCAAGCCUUGGUCGAAAAGGGUACCCUAACCCAGAUCUAGUUGAGUUCACCAACUCCCGCUCCCGUUUCCUUAUUUAUAGACAGAGUCUGAUUGUUUCCUCACCACUCCCUCCACUCUCUUUCUCUAGUCCUGUUAUUUCUCAGCGCGUAAAGCAUGGCUUUGUUGGUGGAGAAAACCACGAGUGGUCGCGAGUACAAGGUCAAGGACCUUUCCCAGGCCGACUUCGGCCGCCUCGAGAUCGAGCUGGCCGAGGUCGAGAUGCCCGGCCUCAUGGCCUGUCGGACCGAGUUCGGCCCCUCCCAGCCCUUCAAGGGGGCCCGCAUCACCGGCUCCCUCCACAUGACCAUCCAGACCGCCGUUCUCAUUGAGACCCUCACCGCCCUUGGCGCCGAGGUCCGCUGGUGCUCCUGCAACAUCUUCUCCACCCAGGACCACGCCGCCGCCGCUAUUGCCCGCGACAGUGCCGCCGUCUUCGCCUGGAAGGGUGAGACCCUCCAGGAGUACUGGUGGUGCACCGAGCGCGCCCUCGACUGGGGCCCCGGCGGUGGACCCGACCUCAUCGUCGACGACGGUGGUGACGCUACCCUUCUCAUCCACGAAGGCGUCAAGGCCGAGGAGCUCUAUGAGAAAACCGGCGAACUCCCCGACCCCAACUCCACCGACAACGCCGAGUUUCAGAUCGUGCUUACCAUCAUCAGAGAUGGGUUGAAGACCGAUCCCACCAGGUACCGCAAGAUGAAGGAGCGUCUCGUUGGGGUUUCUGAGGAAACCACCACUGGAGUUAAGAGGCUCUAUCAGAUGCAGGCGAAUGGGACUCUUCUCUUCCCUGCUAUUAAUGUCAAUGACUCUGUCACCAAGAGCAAGUUUGACAACUUGUAUGGGUGCCGUCACUCUCUCCCUGAUGGUCUCAUGAGGGCUACCGAUGUUAUGAUUGCUGGAAAGGUGGCUGUUGUGGCUGGAUAUGGUGAUGUUGGCAAGGGUUGUGCUGCUGCAAUGAAGCAGGCUGGUGCUCGUGUCAUCGUGACCGAGAUUGAUCCCAUCUGUGCCCUUCAGGCUCUCAUGGAAGGCCUUCAGGUUCUGACCUUGGAGGAUGUUGUUUCUGAGGCUGAUAUCUUUGUCACCACCACCGGUAACAAGGACAUCAUCAUGGUUGACCACAUGAGGAAAAUGAAGAACAAUGCCAUUGUUUGCAACAUUGGUCACUUUGACAAUGAGAUCGACAUGCUUGGGCUGGAGAACUACCCCGGCGUGAAGCGCAUCACCAUCAAGCCCCAAACUGACAGAUGGGUCUUCCCUGAGACCAACACCGGUAUCAUUGUCUUGGCUGAGGGUCGAUUGAUGAACUUGGGAUGCGCCACUGGACACCCCAGUUUUGUGAUGUCCUGCUCCUUCACCAACCAGGUCAUUGCUCAGCUUGAGUUGUGGAAGGAGAAGAGUACCGGCAAGUACGAGAAGAAGGUUUACGUUUUGCCCAAGCACCUUGAUGAGAAGGUGGCUGCACUUCACCUGGGCAAACUUGGAGCUAAGCUGACCCAGCUUAGCAAGUCCCAGGCUGAUUACAUCAGUGUGCCUGUUGAGGGUCCAUACAAGCCUGCUCACUACAGGUACUAAGUGAUUGAGAUGAUCAACUGAAAAGUGAGUGAGGGAAAGACAAAGAUCGGUUUUAUCAAUCGGAUUUGAUUGUUUAAUUUUCCUUUUUUUGAUUUUUGGUGUUAGACUUUUCAGAUUUGUGGUAGAAGAAUUGUAGCCAUUUUUAUUUCUGUAGAACUUUUGUUCGAGUGGGUGGGACCAGUAAGGAGGAAGGCGGCAUCCUGUUGGUUUCUGUGAUAUGAAACCAAUUUGGGUUGAAUAAGGCUUGUUUUGUUUGGGGGAUGUGUGCAUUUUGCUUUAUUAAAUACUAAAAUUUGUGUUUCUUUCUGCCUUUUCAAUACAUCAAAGAAAAUAAAAAAAUUCCUACCCAUC